AGGAUAAAUUUGUCAAACACUUUGGAGACUUGGUAAAAGGUGCAAGUCCUGUUUUUGGAACUGAUCUUAUUCUAAAGAUAAAUAAUGUAAAAGGAGAUGCACGCAUAGCAUAUAGAGAUCAAGAGCAUUUCGAAGAAAUUGCUCGCCAAUUCGGUAUAUUUGAAGAAUGGAAGGAUGGUGUACCUAGAACUGCAUACAAGGGAGUAGUUGUUUUUCGGUACAAAGCAACAACGCGAAGAAUAUUCCUGGUUGGGCCGGAUUCCUUGGAACAGCUUGGGAUCCAAAACUAAUAGAGGUACACAAUCUUUCUAAUUUGUCACAUUUUCAUAUUAAUUAAGAAAAUAUAUAUAGGAACGUUUUAAAAUUUCCUUAUGUAAGUUCAAAUUGUUGAGUUUGUACAUUUGGAGUACUAGUUCUUACAUUGGAUCUAGCAGUUUUGAAUCAUAUAAUUUUUGAAAUUGAUUUUGACAUAGUAUUGGAGUUUCUUUUGUAAUUCUGAGAAACCAUUUGAAGUUGCAAGACAGUUGGCUGAUUGAACAACACUCGAGACACAAGUUUAAGUGAGAUCUUUCUUGGGUGCAAAAUUCCCGUGUAACCCGAGUUGAAUGUAUGGGGUUUUAUGCUCUGCUAUUUGAAAAGUUUCUUUGGGUUAGCUUGGUUCGGAGUUGGUUAGAAUUAAUCGAAACCAGAACUGAAGCAGUUUCACCUUUUGUGGGUAAAAGUUUGAUAACAGUAUUGCUUCAUCUUUUUAUCUAGAUUUAGGGUUAGUAGCGGGGGUGUCCACAGUGGAAUUUCUGGACCACACUGAUAACUAUAGUUUUGAAAUAGCACAUCAAUCCGGUUGGUUUGUUAGGUGGUGGACCGGAUUAAAAAAGACAGUUUGGGCAUUAACCUUCUAAAAGAUGAAUACUAGAGAUGUACAACUUAAAACAAUUAAAUAUAUCAGAAAAGUUGAGCUCGGCUGGUUUAUUUCAAUGUUUUCAGAACCGGACCGGAUGUCGAACCGGAAAGUGUCGUAAAUGUUAUAAAUUUAAUUGGGUUAAAUCUGAAAUAAUAUAUAAAAAAACCGGUCCAACCCUUAUAAAAACAGGUUCGACCGGCUAGUUUUCCCGGUCCAACCUCGGUUCAAUGUAUUUCCGAUGCGAUACCAUGACCCGGAUCGGCUCAACCUCCGGUUCAAUGUAUUUCUGGUGGUCUGAAAACAUUGAUUUAAUUUACUUUACCCGACCGAUUUCAAGGCAUAAAUCACCGGUUAAAUAUGCUUUCGUCUAACCCGUGAACCAAACUGUAUAAAACCGGCAUGGUUAGAUUGUUAACUUUAUCUUACAAGACAUCAGAAUUCAAAUCUACCAUAGGAAAUUAUUCUCACAACCCCACAAAGACAAGUUGAAAAUUAAAGACAAAAAAGACAAAGGGGCACUUUCGUCAUUCCCCCCUCAAUUUUCAAAUUCUGUGCUCUCUACAUCAUCACUCCCAAAAAAAUAUGGCAGCUGUCACCAGCCCAUUUCCCUCUACCCUUUAUAAAUUCCCCAUUUCCAUUCACUAUACAUCUCACCCACCCAUUUUAUCCCAUACCAAAAUGUCCAUUCUACCCCUCAGCAUAUUCAUCCUCCUCACCACCACCGCUGCUUCUCUUCAAACCCUAAACACAAACACCUUCGUCAACCCAAAACUACCACCCAUCACCUUCACAGAUUCCAAGAAAAAUGAAGGUUCAUCUGAGCUAGUGAACCUCCGGUACCACAUGGGUCCGGUUCUUUCAUCUCCGAUCAACAUCUACAUAAUCUGGUACGGCAAAUGGGCCCCAUCUCAAAAACUAACAAUCAAAGACUUCAUACGAUCAAUCUCCACCACCAACCACCGUGCCGCCCCCCACCCCUCCGUCUCUGACUGGUGGAAAACCGUCACACUCUACACCGACCAAACCAACGCCAAUAUCUCCGGCAACAUCCUCAUUGCCGGAGAAUAUUCCGACCGAAAAUACUCUCAUGGGACCCACCUCACCCGCCUCACCGUCCAAGACGUUAUUGCCACUUCCGUUAAGUCAGCUCCUUUUCCUGUUGAUCAUAAAAACGGCGUUUAUUUAGUACUGACCUCAGGUGACGUCACGGUUCAAGAUUUUUGUCGGGCUGUUUGUGGGUUCCACUAUUUUACUUUCCCUUCAAAAGUUGGGUAUACUUUACCCUACGCAUGGGUUGGGAAUUCGGGUAAACAGUGCCCCGAAGUUUGUGCUUACCCGUUUGCGGUUCCGGGUUAUAUGGGUAGUGGCGGCCCGGGUUCGCUUGCUCCACCCAAUGGUGACGUUGGAGUCGAUGGGAUGAUUAGCGUCAUCGGUCAUGAGCUCGCGGAGCUUUCGUCUAACCCGCUUGUGAACGCGUGGUAUGCGGGUGAAGACCCGACCGCCCCAACGGAGAUUGGGGACUUGUGUGAGGGGUUAUACGGGUCGGGUGGUGGAGGCGGGUAUAUUGGUCAAGUGAUGAAAGAUGGGUCGGGUCGGACUUUUAAUAUGAAUGGGAGACGGGGUAGGAAGUUUAUGGUGCAGUGGAUAUGGAGCCCCGUUUUGAAAGCUUGUAGUGGGCCUAACGCUUUGGAUUGAUUGAUUGUACAUUGAGCUUUGAUGAUUGUUGCAAUCUCAAGGGGGUAUAUUGGAAGUUGGAGGGCUUGUGAGGAUUUCUUCUUUGUUUUGUUUUAGGUUUUUUUUGAUUCUUUGGUCACUUAAUUUUGUAAUUUGUUUGUUUUUUUAAUAAUCUCCAAGUAAAUAAAACAAGAAGGAAAUCUUUACUUCA